GACCAAUCGUUUCGUACAUGAAAUUCGGUUGACGAGGUUGAUACCUUGUGAUAAAGAGCUCUCUCAUCUGUGUCUUGAUCGAGUACCACCAAAGACCUCAUCGUGGAUUCCCUAGAACGAAGAUAACGACAUGUACCAUCGUCGGAAACGACUAUCGUCUGUAAAGUACAUAGUUAUUGCGAUGUCGGUCUGCUCAAAUCAAUCUUCCUUCACAAACUACCUCAGAUCCUUGGACCCUUUCGAGCCGCCUACUUGUCCUAGAAGCUGCUCAGAAUUGGAAUCGUCUAGAGCAAUAUAAUUGAAAUCGUCGUAAUAUUGAGUCCUCACAAAAUUAAAAUGCUUUUUCCACACCAUGAAAGGAACUCUUGUUACAAGAGUGGUUACAGUUGGGAGUUAGAAGAAGCAGUAGUUGUAGCGAUUUCGAUUUUCAAUAAGAUGGUUCUAGGAAGAAAAUUUUGAAUUCUCGUAAUUGAUUAAUCUACGGGUGACCAUUUAACGUGAAACCUUCGUGCUGCAACACAUUCUCAUUCUCUGUUGCAUCAAGUCCAUCAGACGAAUAGAGCAAAAAAAAUGCCGCCCAAAAAGAAACCUGCGAGUGGUGGCAAGAACAAGCCGGCAUCAAAGACGGCUAAGAAAAGCAAGAAGUCAAAGACUCCUGCCAGAGGGUCGAAAAGCAAGGCUUCCACGCCCGCUCGGGGAAGCAAAGCGAAAAGUAGUAAAGCAGCGUCAUCAGCGGCAGGCAAAAAGAAGCCGAACAAGAAUGCUGCUGUUUCAACCGGUGUGUCUUUGGAUAGACGGAAACUUGCCUUACCGAGCGCCGCUAUAGGGCAACCGUCGCAGUCGUCGGUGUCGCCAUCAUCGUCGAUGAGCAGCAGUACCUCAUCCAGCACAUCCUCUGGCGGACCACCACCCGCUGCUUCAUCUGGAAAGUCGCUUAAGAGAGCCAAGCCCAGCUCCAGUAGUACGACCAACCAUGCGUCAGCACCGUCAAAAAAGAUCAUUAAGGCACGCACCGCCUACGUCUUUUACUGUAAAGCGACGAGGGACACGUUGAUAAGGAAGUACCGGGAAAAGAAGGGGUCGGAUCCGAGCAUAGAACUUUUGUCGGAGGAACUGAAUAAGCGAUAUCAGCUACUGUCAGCAGCACAACGUGUCGUGUACGAGAACCACGAAAAAAUGGAUGAUAUCAGGUACAGCUACCUCUUAGAAGCACUACUACUAUGUGUGGGUCUAAGUACAUCGUUGUCGAGUAAAAUUAGAAUUGGAAAUAAGACAAGCAUUAGUUCAUCAUGUCCAGUCGUUGUCAUGUAGCUAUCUGAGAUGUGCAGCUUGAUCCCUAACCUAACCUACACUGACCUGAUCCGACGCGUCUCUGGUGUCUUCCUACUUAAUAUUACUGAUAAUUCCACCAAUUUUCUUAACUACUACUAGUACUACUUCUACUUAAUACCAAUUCCAACUACCACUACUACUACUUCUACUUAAUACUAAUUCCAACUACCACUGCUACUGCUACUCAGUUUCAAUUUUAUCAUCUUCAUCCGAAACCGAAUAAAGGUACCGCCUCCAAAAACGAGAAUUCUCUGAGGGCAAUUUGCCUUCGCUCCUCUCUCGCGCGAUCGACGAUUGUGGUGGCUUGGAGUUGUCCCGAGAUCUGAUAGAUGCUGUUCGAGAACUCGAUGGGCAAGUGUCAGGAGAAUGCAAGGCUCAGUGUAGAGCGCAAAGCGGCAUCUUCAAAUCUUCAGCUAACAGGGGAACAGGAGCAUCAGCGUCUAGUUCGUCUUCAUCAUCCUCAGCAUUUCAUUUGAGCGUGGAGGGUUCUCUAUCGGACCACCAUCAGCAUUCUUGGCGAAGAUUGCUAGCGCAGUGGACGUGGCCAGAGGACGAGCAUCUUAAUGGUGGAGGCGCUAGUAAAGCCCCUCGCGCGACAGGAGACUAUAGGUUGACGAUGGUGGAAAAACUAACCGCAAUAUUCGAAGAGGUGGUCACAGCGAAGAUGAUCGCGACCAGCAUUGAGAAAGCAAUGUUCCAGCAUCAUGCUGGGGUACUUAUAUUUGAUAGUAGUUCUUGAAGUCGUCAAAAUGAGCAGACUCUUGUUGUUCUUAUGUUUCCGAGUCAUAUCGAUAAAUCGGUACAACGGGAUGUGCAAUAACGUGCUCACUGUGAAGAAACAAGGACAAGGUAGACUUGCCACUAGCAUGAUAGCUAUUGUUCUCAUUCCCAAUUCCCACUACCAGGACAUGAAGCAAUACGCAGCUUCUGGACGUAGCCUGCUUCACAAUUUGCGCACCAACGUAAGUCUUAGAAAAGAAGUGCAAGAGAAACACAUAGAGGCAUCAGACCUCGUGAAAAUGAGCCCCCGUGAACUAGCUACCGACGAUUUGAAGAAGGAAAGAGAAGAGCGAGAAGCUAAAGCAUUGAAGGAUGUGAUCGGAACGGCACUGCCGAAAAACAAGUGGCAAAUUAUGAUUGGAAGGAUUUUUUGUAUGUAGGCAUAGUUAGGUUGCGCGUAGUCGGCUUUAUUGACGUUAUAGUUUGUAGUUUGUAUCUGGCUUUGAAGGGAUUACUUCCUGCACAUACCUCAAUUUAGUUCGUUUACCCAAGUCCAAGACCACCCUUACUCCUUUUGUCCACUUUCAUACCAAUGCUGUACGGAGGCAAAGAGGAGCGCGGCGGCGUCGCCAGGAUAGAAAGCCAGGACUUGCAAUUGGAGUCGCAGUUGGAGUCACAGGCCCAAAGUGGUGUGGGAAGUAUGAAUACUUCUCCGAUGAAGUAG